AUGGCGACGACGCCGAACCUCAAGCGGCUGCUCAAGGAGCACCAGAGCGUGCAGCGCGAUCUGGGCAGUGGGGCGCCGUCGAAUCCGGACCUGCUCGAACUGCGGCCGUACGAUAGCGACCUCGAGGAUCUGUCCGAGUGGACCGCAUGUAUCCGUGCACCCACCCACGGCGCUUAUCAGGGAGGCAUCUUCAACCUGACACUGACCAUCCCACCCUCGUACCCGACCAAACCACCCAUUGUCAAAUUCCAAACCCCCAUCUUCCACCCCAACGUCCACUUCAAGACGGGCGAGAUAUGCCUAGACGUCCUCUCGACCAACAGCUGGACGCCCGCCUGGACCCUCUCGGCCGUGUGCACCGCCAUCCUCGCCCUCCUCGACGCCCCCGAACCCGACUCGCCCCUCAACGUCGACGCCGCCAACCUCGUCCGUUCCGCCGAUACGCGCGCCUACCGAUCCGUCUGCGCCAUGUUUGUUAGGUUACAUGCCCUCCCCUCCGAUUGA